AUUUGGAAGCUCUUUAGAGAUUUUUUUAUUAAAAAAAAUAAUAAAAAAGGUUAAUCGUUAAGGAGUUUGGGACAAGGAAAGAAAGGAGGGGAACGAGUCACAGCGGCUGGUAGUAGAGUGAUGGCAUCCACGAAAACUAGAGGAAGGGGGCUGGUAGAGAGUAGUCGAAUGGUCAAAAUCUCUUCAUUUAUUCUCCCCAUUUUAGGUCUCUUCCAUCCUCGCCGCCGGUGGAAUAUGAUUUUAAGACAUUUAGAAUUUCAAAAUUAAAUUUUAAAACUAUAGUUUUCUAAUGUGGUUGCUGUGCAGCACAAAUGAAAGGUCGUAUGGAGGGAUAUUGCUAACAGAUUCCAGUCGGUAGAAAUAGCAAUCGGUAAUGAAGGGAGAUGAUUGAAGAAAGCAAAAGAACCUGAAAGCGUAGAGUAAAUGAUCACUUAAUAUAAUUUAAAAAUUUGAUGACUUAGAUUGAUAAAGUUGGAUGAACCGAAUGGGAAGUGCACGAUAAGUGACAAUGCUAACUUAUUUAAUUUUUGAGAUUUAUCAUUAUCUGGCACGUGGCAACAAUUGAUUUGGUUUGACCAAAUCCUGAAAAAUAAGAACAAAGUACCAGAUGAUUACCCUAAAACCCCAAUGAUUUGGCGUCGCUUCUUCUAGCACACUAACAUCGCCGAUUUGGAGAACAAAUGCAGAACUUUCCAAAACCCUAGAUCACUAACAGAUGAACAAAAAUUCCCAAUCCAAUUAAAAACUUCAAACCAUAAUCUUUUUACAAUGAUGAGAAGAAGACUCACUUCUAUAAUCUCAGUUUCCUCUCACUUCCUCAAGGCCAAACCCAUCUCCAAUCCACCACCACUCCAAUUCCAUCCCUUCCAAUCCCUCCAAUGCUCCAACCCCAUUAACAAAAAUGGGUCAUUUUGGUUUCAGGGUGUUAGAGCUUAUAGUCUUUUGAGCUUGAACGAUCUGAGAGGCAAUGUUCCCAGAAAACAGAAGACGAGGAAAGGGAGAGGGAUUGGGUCUGGCAAAGGAAAGACUGCUGGGAGAGGACAUAAAGGACAAAAGGCUAGAGGUGGUGGCAAGUUGGGAUUUGAAGGAGGGCAAACCCCCAUGCGAAGACGUUUGCCUAAACGCGGCUUUAAGAACCCUUUUAGCCUCACUUUUCAGCCAGUAGGAUUGGGAAAGAUUGCCAAACUUAUAAAUGCUGGGAAGAUAGAUUCUCAUGAAUUGAUCACAAUGAAGACUCUCAAGGAUGCUGGGGCCAUAGGGAAACAGAUAGAGGAUGGGGUACGGUUGAUGGGUCGUGGUGCUGAACAGAUCAAUUGGCCAAUUCAUUUGGAGGUGUCAAGGGUGACUGUUAGAGCAAAGGAAGCAGUUGAAGCUGCGGGUGGAUCUGUGAGGAGAGUACAUUAUAACAAAUUGGGUUUUAGAGCUCUGCUCAAGCCUGAGUGGUUUGAAAAGAAGGGCAGGUUGCUGCCAAAACCAGCUAGGCCUCCUCCCAAACUGAAGGAUAAAGUUGACAGCAUUGGCCGCCUUCCUGCUCCUACAAAACCUAUCCCAUUUUUCACGGAAGAGGAGCGAGCCUCCUCUCCUGUCUAGUAGACAGAUGAUC